GUCAAACGGAGCCAUAUGAGGUGAACCUGCUUUGACUCGCGGUCACAUUAGAGACACUGUGGUGGUCAAGCUAACGGGACCGUGUUACUUUAUCAUGAUAGCGUCCGGCUUUUUAGUUAGUCUGCUAACUUAGUUCAUAUCAUUUAAUCGGCUAGCCGUCUGUCUAGCUUGACUGAUGCUGCUGCUGGUGGAAGAAUUCAUUCUGAUCCAUCAUGUCGAAGUCGCUCCGUUAUUUUUAGCUAGCACUGCAUGCUAGCGCGGUUAGCGGCAGGCAAAGCGUGACUAAUCGGUCUGUUGUUUGAGAAACAAUACCAAUGGAGCAGUGGCAGGACGCGGUCACUCAGCAGGUCGAGCUGCUCACGAACCGUCUCAAUGGACUACUGUCCAAGGGCCUGGAGUUCCUGCGCACCGAGCUCGGCGUGGAUUUGGGACUGAAGCCUGAACUGAUUCCGCCAUGGAUGAUCCUCUUAGCGGCGUGCAGCGGGCUGCUGCUGAUGGUCGCUCUGUGGGCCUCCGUCUGCCGGCCUCUCUUCAAGAAGCGUCCCGCUAUAAGCCCGGCGGAUGAGGGGGUCGAAAUCAAGAAGGGCGUCAGUAAACCGGUGAAAGCCGAGGAACCCAAGAAAAAGAAGAAGAAAGCGGAGAAGAAAGCCCAACCAAAUGGCAGAGCUGUUUCCGAGCCACAGGAAGAAGCCAUAGUGCCGGAGGAGGCUGUGCCACAUCACCAGGCGCCUCCACCAGAAGCCAAGGUGGAGAAGGUUGCAGAGGUAAAGAAGUCCAAGAAGAAAGCCAAACAGACUGUAAAGGAGACAAAGACUGUGACUGCUGAUGGAAAAGAACCAGAAGAAGGCACGUGGGAAACCAAGGUCAGCAACAAGGAGAAACGCGAGCAGCGCAAGAAAGACAAGAGUUCCAGCGACGGUUCAGCCAGUCCCGGGGGAGGAGACACACCUGUGAGCACCCCCCCAGAGCAGCCCAAGGCCGCUGCAGCUCCUGCCCCUGCACCUGCAGGCCAGAAGAAGAAAAAAGGAGAGUCUGCUAAAGUCAAGGCCGAGAAAGUGGAAGCUGCCGUUUCUCGAGUUAACAGCAGCAAGGUGACGGAGGUGGCAGCGCCAGCGACUGACGUGGCAGUGAAGGCCCCCGCCCACAAUGUCGCCCCAAAGACAGGCCCCUGGACAGCCUCGAUGUGGGAGUCAGGGAUCGAUGAGUCGUGGACUGUGAUUGGCAGCCAACCGAUGGAGAUCCCCGGUGCAAAGCUGAAUCUGGUGUCUUUAAGUGGACUGGGACUUGGAGGUGAGUCUCAACCUGUGGGUGAUCUGCCCUGGCUCAGUCAGGCCAGAGUGGACGAUGAGUGGUCUGGACUCAACGGCGGCUCAGUUGACCCCAGCUCUGACUGGAACGCCCCCUCUGAAGCCUGGGGCAACUACGAAGAGCCCACCCCCGAGCCCCCUCCAGCCCCGGAGAAGCCCGUCCCAGAGCCCACCAAGGUUGAGCUGCUGAUCAGAGCUGCUGAAGACGAUGAAGACGAGAAGGACAAGGGAGAGACGGCUGCUGACGGAGCAGGGAAAACCAAGAAGAAGAAAAAGAAGAAGAAGAAGGCUGCCGAGGAGGGAGGAGCAGCUGGCCAGGUUGAGGAGCCGGAGCCGCAGACUGCACCCGCCGCCCCGGUGAAGAAGCAGCCGCCUGCUCAGGAGAGUCCCGCUGCCGUCCAGCCAGUCCAAGCAGCUGCUGUGGAGGCGAGAGUGGAGCGACCAGCGAAGGACAACAAAUCCCAGAAACCCCCCGUCACACAAGUGCCACAGAAGCCAACCGGAGAGUCCACUGCCAAGCAGAACAACGUCCCAGCUCCAGCACAACAAAAAAAACCUGAAGAGAACCAAGCGCCCAAACCAGCAAAGAAGAAGAAGGCCAGGAGGGAGACAUGAGGCCGAGUCCACUCCGCAGACCUCUGUAUGCAAAAGACUCCAUAUCUCGUUUAUGCAACACCCUUUGUGACUCUGAGCGAAGGUCUCCGUGACGGACUUAACCUUAAAACCUGUCUGGAAAAACAACGAAACAUCUUUUCUACAUUGUGCGUGUCAGUCGGUGGAUCAUUGAAAACUGAAACUAGAUGCAGUGCAAUCUAAUGUAAUGCGGUGUUAAUGAUUUUUAAGUAUGCAUUUGAUACUUUGAUUCUGUUUUCUAAUUCCACUGAAUCCAAUAACUGAUUGAAGGAGCUGUAUUGUAGUAACGUAGACUUGUAGAAAAAUGCCGAUCAUGUUUAGAAUAACGUGACUUUAUGGAGGCCGACGAAUGGAGGGCUUUUUUUUUGUGUGUAGAGUGGAAAAACGGUGAACGUGCAUCUGGCCAUCGAGGUGAACUGGCCUUUGCUUUGCAGCUUUUUUUUUUUUUUUUCUUUGUAAUUUUUUUAAAUUUGCUCUGACAUUUGUGCGCUGCAAUUGGUACAGUGUGUUCAAUUUGGUUGGAAAGAGCAGACAGAAGGAAUGUCAUCCGCCGGCCUCUGCAGGAUGGAAGUGUUUGCUGUGUACAUGAGACCCGAGCAAAUUUUAAGACUCAGCAAAGGGAAAAGUCUGCUCUUUAUUUUUUUAAUUCAUACGUUUGACUCUGAAAAUUGUCAACGACUGUCUGUUUGGUUUGCCUCUUACUGUCUGAUGUAUGCAUUGUGUCAACGCAAGAUUUUCCUCGCUUUCUUUUUUGGGUUUCUUGUUUUGUUUUUAAUUGAGCGCUUCACGGUUGCAGCUGUGUGGAAGCUUCUGAUCGUAGACGUACCGUCGCAGUGUCAUCACCCAUCUUCAUCUUUUUCUUUCUCUUCCAUAGGUGAUUCAGAAGUCUUCAGAACCUUUUGUAAAACCGGUUUGUAAUAAAAGAAAAGCUAAAGCCAUAUGUAAAAAGACUAAAUAAAGGCCAGUUUUUCUACA